AUGGUAGGUCAUCCUCUUUCCUACGCGGUUCGGUCGGCGAGGUCCGUUCACGACAUGGCGGGAUUAGGCGAUCUGAGUCCCCCUACACCGUCUUUCGAAGGUCUUGCUAGUCAUGAGGAGGUUUUUGGCGUGAAUAGUCCUGAGCGUGUCGGGGAGUGUACCAGGAGCAAUAGUGAUUCACCAGAGGAAUUGGGUGUCGGGGAUUGUGUAGAGAUCGAUGGUGUCGAGUACAUUAUAGAGAAGUCAGUUGGGUCGGGGUCUUUCGGAAUGGUGUGGGAAGCACGGUGUGGGGAUAGACGAGUUGCUAUCAAGGCUACCGACAAGUCUGGAGCGAAAGAGGCUGAAGCCAUGCAAGCGUGGAAGGGUUGUGCCGCCGGUGCUCGGCUGAGCGAGCUCAUAGCGUUCGACCGGCAUCGGAAUUUGUUAGUCCUGAAUCUCGUAGCGGAUUCUGUUGCUCUUGACGAUUGGCUGCGGAGGGUCGACCUCGGUCAGCAAGUUGAUACCGUAGAAGAUGUAAUCAGUGUUUGCACCCGACUGUUAGCGCAGAUGGCCGGAGCUCUGGAAGUCACAUCGAAGUACAUUAUUCAUAGGGAUGUAUGCUCUCAUAAUAUAUUGGUUAAUGUGAAGACUGGUGACUUUACAUUGAUCGACUUUGGUCUUUGUUCGCAGCGAAGAACGUUUAGUGCCCGCCAGGGUUUAGCGGGGGAUUGCCGCUACUGGCCGGUGUGCGAGUGGCUGCUCUUUCUACGCGGGCAUCGGUACGUGGAGAACUGCCCGGAGAUGUUGCGCGAUUACUUGCGUAGACUAGACCAUCAUGCAUUGGCGCUUACUGUUAUUGAAGUCCUCUCGAAGUUGUACCGGCGACUUGGGCGAAGUUCAGUGUCAGAGUCCUGUACUGGCAAGGGAGUAUCCUGGCAGUCAGGGGACUUUUCGACUGCCCUACUUAGCUCCACAGAUGGUUCCCAUGAUAACAGCAGUCUGCCGAGUGCGAGGUCUCCCAAGGAGGAGGAGCCAUCGGAGGUUGUAGGGUUGGACUCUCCACCUCGCUCAGAGGUCGGGAGGAGUGGGGCAAAUUGUGCGAUAGAGGGAGUGGUUGCGGCUUUCGAGAAGUAUUGGGAAGAAGUGAUGCCGUUUUGGAGAGAUUUAUUGGAAACGUUCAAGGAGGAAGGCAACUGGGGAGUUUUGCAACGAAGACUUGACGCUCAACGGGCUCCCAUUCGAGUUCACGAGGCCUUAUGUCUGUUGAAGCGGAGCAUACUGGAGAGCAUUGGGAUCUGCGACACUUUGCCCGAGGUUCAGUCUUUGUUCAAGGCGCUAUUGGGUCUUUUGCUCUGCGUUUCUUCUCCUCCGAUCCCACAGAUGUCCUUUCGUGAGGUCAUUCAAACUCUCGAAGGGAAAUCGGCUCUACCUCCGACGAUGGUUCAAGCGAGCGUCGCUCCUUUGGGAAUUCCCUUGCCUCUGCUGACCCACGUUCCAAGCCAUAUGCGACUUUGGACAGUGGACAACCCAGUGUCUCUGGCGCGCAACUUGACCCCGCCUCUUUGGAACAUGCCUAGCUCCGUACUGCGAGCAGCAUCCAUGCGCUACGACGUGGCAAAGGCGCUGAGAAAAGGGAAGAGGCGGCGCAAGCCUGAUGAGGACACCGAAAAAGUCGCCACAUCUAACUCUAAUGGAUCACGGAGACAUGCCGCUGGCCAUGUGCAGGACUCGAGAGUAUCCGAGACCGAUCGAAUUACUGCUGGUGUGGUGAACAGCAGCCACAUCUCAUCGUCCUCAUGUGACGCAAACCAGUCUGAACAGCAAUCAGGAGAGCAAGGCUCCACUUCAGCUUUACCGGUCCAGGGAAACUUGCUGCGAGAGAAACUAUUUUUGGAAGAGGUGAAGGGCGAGCUUCCUAAGGACAUGUCGUAUGCAGUGGAACAAGGGUACCUUCCGUGGACGAACAUUGUGACAGUAGUGCAGAACGCCUUACCGGACAAGCCAGGCUGCAUCGGCAAGUGUUUCAAGCUCACAUUACAGGACUGUAUAAGCGAGUUCCUGAUGUUUGUUACUCAUCUAGCGGCACAGCGAUGCACACGAGAAGGCAGGAGAGUGAUGCUAGCGGAGGACAUCUUGUGGGCGCUGGAUCAGGCUGGCCUGUGUCAGUAUGGUUCGGUACUUCGUGUGUUCUUGGGUAAACUUCGUGGUCACUUGUCGAAGUCGAGGAGGGAUGUGGUGGUCAAGAAUGGCUGUUUGAAGUCCCCGGCCGACUUCCCGCCAGUUGAGGAAGAGAAGGGCAGCUCAUUGAUGUUCCCCGUGAUCCAGUUGGUCUCUUGGACUCUGCUGGUCUAUUGCGAGAUCAAUUGA